AAGCACAGGACAAUGGUAACAAUUGAGUCAGAGUCAGAUUUCUAUGACGUUUUUGAGAUUCUGGGGAAGGGCACGUUUGGGGAAGUAGUAAAGAGCUGGAAACGGAGUACUGGGGAAAUGGUAGCCAUAAAAAUCCUGAAGAAUGACUCUUACCGCAGCAGGAUUAUCAAGAAUGAGCUCAAGCUGCUGCAGACCAUGUCUGAGGUGGAUUCAGAGGAAUCUCACAUUGUCCAGUUCCACGAGUUCUUCCACGAUGAGCUCAAGUUCUACCUGGUCUUUGAGCUGUUGGAGCAAAACCUCUUUGACUUUCAGAAAGAACACAACUUCUCCCCUUUGCCGGUCCGACACAUUCGCACAGUGACCACACAGGUGCUGAGGGCCCUGGCCAAGCUGAAAGAGCUGUCGAUCAUCCAUGCGGAUCUGAAGCCAGAGAACAUUAUGCUAGUGGACCAGGUGAGAUACCCCUUCCGAGUCAAGGUGAUUGAUUUUGGAUCGGCCAGCAUCUUCAAUGAAGUGCGCUAUGUGAAAGAGCCCUACAUCCAGUCCCGAUUCUACCGGGCGCCGGAAAUAUUGCUGGGGCUGCCAUUCUGUGAGAAGGUGGACAUGUGGUCCUUGGGGUGCGUGAUGGCAGAGUUGCACCUUGGCUGGCCCCUCUAUCCUGGGAACAAUGAGUAUGACCAGAUCCGGUACAUCUGUGAGACCCAAGGCAUGCCCAGACCUUCCCUUCUGAGUGCUGCCCGAAAGGCCCACCUCUUCUUCAAGAGGAGUCAGCACCCAGAGGUGGUGAACUCCUGGCAGCUGAAAACCCCAGCAGAGUAUCUAGCAGACACCAAAGUGAAGUCUGUGGAGAGGAGGAAGUAUGUACUGAAGUCCCUGGACCAAAUGGAGACAGUGAAUGUCCACAAGAUGAUCUACCCAGACACAGAAGCCUUGGCUGAGUAUUUUGAUCUCCGGAGCAUGGUGGAGCUCAUAAAAAGGAUGCUGACAUGGGACUCUCACGAGCGCAUCACCCCGAGUGCAGCCCUGAAACACCCCUACAUUUCCACACAACCCCUGAAGCAGAACUACGACCUUACCCAGUACUAUCAAUUCUGCCUGAGGAGCCUCCGUGAGUCGCUGCCCAACCAGGGUAAGACUUCAGAGGAGGAAACACAGCACUACAGUGCCAUGGAUGAGGAGCGCUUCUACGCCAGCAAAGAGUCCUUCAAGGAGGAAAGUGCCCAUGGCAUUCAGAGGACCACCAGCCAGAUGGACGAGCUCAGCAUUGCCGAAGCCAGUCGGGAGGUGCCUCUAAAGGUGUGGGGUGAAGGACCCAGUGGGGGAGGCUAUGAGCCUCUCCCUGACCCAGCGGAGGCAGCGGUGAGUCGGCACAGGCUGGCCCACCAGAACCUCCGGUUGCGCCACGAACAGGCACAGCAGGAACCAAUCCCAGCCUACUACAGAAGCCGGCCCAGCAGCCCGAAGCACCACAAGACAUCCCACCACGCAAAGCCAGACCCUGCCUUUGAAAACUUGAUCCUUCUGGGCCAGUACACCCCAGAAGAUGCCCCCAGCUGGGAGAAGGAGAGCAGCGCCAGCGCUGCUUCCCUGCCGGAGUCCAGUGCCCGGGAGGAGGCAGGCUACCCCACAGGCCUGGUACUCUCACCCACCGCACAGCACGUGCAGACUGAGGUCUUUGAGCCAGCCAUGCCACUGCCCGGGCCCAACCCCUGGCUGCCGAGCGAAGACUGGCUGGCAGAACAUGGCAUGGAAAGAGUCCCCCUCAAGGCAGUGCUGCAUGCCCCCCGGAACCGUCACCAGCUGCAGCCAUACCUGCAACAUGUUGCCAGCCACCAUUAGCCCCAGACCCUCGACCAGGAAGAGGGCAGGCGCAGCAGAGAGAUGGCCCACCAAGGCCCAGACAGAUUCCUUUCUAGACAUUAAAUAUAUAGACUGUUCCUCGCUGCCCAGCGCCACUUACUUAAUAAAAGCCAUCUUGCUAUUACUGAGAUGUAUGGAGCCCUGAUGGCAGACCACAGGCUGACCAGGCCGGGGGAGGUGACAGAGUGGGGCGGGGGCUCUAAGCAACCACAGUCAGCCCGCUGGUCUUUCCAGGCGCCGAGGGCACCACGGGCAGGCCAGCUGAUCUCCCCAACAAAUCCAGGUUUCACGCGGUCUACUGCAUCGUUAAUAAACUCAUUAUCACUUACAGACUGCUUUGACGGCAUGUUUGUCUAGGGACCCGUCUACACCUCCACCCAGACUUGCCUGCAGCGGGUGGCCUUAAGGCAGUUCAGCGGGCGGAGGACGCUUUACUGUUACAGGGAAUAUCAACAGCAGUCAUGAUGAGAACCUGCGGGGCUCUCGUGGGGAGCUGUUCUGGGGAAGAAAUGAUGGGGGGAGUGACAGCAGGGGCAGCACCUGGUCGGGCGGGUACAAGCUGCCCUGGGAAGCUGAAAGCAAAACCUGUUCUGGAAGGAGAGGCAGGACCACCCCAGGCUGGUCCCUGAGAAACCUGCAUGGAAGUAGGGGAGGCUUUUCCAGGGGUUCUCUGCUGGCCCACCUCCUCACUGUAGCUUCCUUAGGGGAGAGCAGGGACAGACUCCCUUGGCAAGCCCUGUUGCUGCAAGUGGCUGGCCGGGGUUUUCUGGGGCGCCUCCGGGUUGGCCCCAGGAAAAGAGAAUAGGCCAGGAGGCCACGGCCUCGGCCUGGCCACCGAAUCGGGCCCCGAGAGGAGGAAGCGAAUGUUUCUGCAUCGCGGGAAGGCCGCUGCCUUCCUUUCCUUUCCUUUUUCCUGACGAUCCAGCUUCGCCAGCCAGGCGCUCGCUGGCCCCCAAGGCGCCCGGACGGAAGCGAGUGACCUACUUGUCCCUUCCCCAGGUAGGCGCAGUCCGACGCAAAUCCCCACCAAGUGUAGCGCAGCUUCCUCCUCCCAGGACAGCGAGCCCGAAAAGCGGUUCAGGUGCGUCGGGGGCGAAGGCCAACGGCCCCAUCUCCCGGCUCCAGAGGAAGCUUCCGCAAGUGGCGCCGGACGGACUGGAGGGGGCGCCUAGCCGACGGUAGAGUCCUUCGGUGUCACCGGAGCCAACAGCGGAGGGAGCCAGGGACGGCGGCACCCCCGCCACCGCCCUGUGGGGAAGGAGGCGCAGCUGCGCAGCGCCGUGGUAGAGCUGCCACUAGGAGGCGGCAAAGAGCUCUAACUGUGCGGCGCUGCCCUCUGGAGUCGCGCCGGAUCUUUGCAGGCUCGGAGCUGGCGGGUUCUCGGAGAUAGGAGCAGACCGGCGGCGCCGGGUUAGGGUCAGGGGUAGGGUUUCCGCCGCUUUCCAACGAGAACCGGAGGGUGGAGCAAGAGGGCGUCCGGCGCUCCGGGCAAGGCGCGAGAGUGCCAGGCAGGCGGGCAGCGUUCCCCACGGGAGAUUCGCCCGACGCGGCACUG